GGGGGAAAUAUUUGCGUGGUGGCGGACUGUCUGUACUGACACUACUCACAGAGAGAGAGAGACAUUUCACAUGGAUAGCAGCACGAACAUUAAAUUCAAUCGCGAAACUGUUGGGCUAUGAAAUACUGGUGUCAUAUAUGAGACCUGCCUGAAAGAGUGAGAGAUGAAGAUUGGUGCUAUCUCAAUGCUGAGCCCGGUCAAAGAUGUCUUACCAUGGAAAGAGUUCUCCCACACAGCCCGUCUGAGCCCCACAGAGCCCCACGACACAGUUGGAUGGCUGUCCACUCUGCCUGCCCUUCACAGUCAUCAUCCACCCUGUCCCAUCUGUGAGAGAAUGCACCCUAGUGGUACCCACUGCUCUGCCCCGGAGGAGAGCGGCAAGACCUCCACAGAACCUGGAGAGGCUCAGCUGGACUUCUACCUUAAACUGGGCUACUCCCCAGCGCAGGUCUGGACCGUGUUGCAGAAGUUUGGCCUGAACACAGACACUAACAGGGUUCUGGGGGAGCUGGUGCGGACGGGAGCCAGUCUAGAAGGAAUUGAGAAGGAGCGGGAGAAGGAGGGAGCCCCGUCUAUCCUGGUGUCCCGAGGGGAGACCCUCAGUAACCUGCCCCUCACCCCUCCACCCAGCCGGAGCCAUGUACCCAGUGAGGAGGGAGAUGCCCUGAGACCCAUAGUGAUCGAUGGGAGCAACGUGGCUAUGAGCCACGGGAACAAGGAAAUGUUUUCCUGCCUGGGAAUCCAGCUGGCAGUAAACUUCUUCCUGGACAGAGGUCAUACGGACAUCACUGUGUUUGUUCCCUCGUGGAGGAAAGAGCAGCCUAGACCAGAUGUCCUCAUCACAGAUCAACACAUUUUGCGUGAGCUGGAGAGGAAGAAGAUCGUGGUGUUCACCCCUUCGCGGCGUGUAGCGGGCAAACGUGUGGUCUGCUAUGACGAUCGCUUCAUCGUCAAGCUGGCGCAUGAGACCGCCGGCAUCAUCGUGUCCAACGACACCUACCGUGACCUUCAGGGCGAGAGACAGGACUGGAAGCGCUUCAUUGAGGAGAGGCUACUCAUGUACUCCUUCGUCAGUGACAAGUUCAUGCCCCCUGAUGACCCUCUGGGUCGUCAUGGUCCCACCCUGGAGAACUUUCUACGGAAGGUUCCUCGUUUGCCACGGAAACAGCUGUGCCCUUAUGGAAGGAAAUGCACUUAUGGGAUGAAGUGUAAAUUCUACCACCCGGAACGAGCCAACCAAUCCCGUUGCUCUCUGGCUGACGAGCUGCGGAAGAAGGCCAAGCUAUCUUUAUCAGAACAAAAACACCCCACUGCAGGUGCUGGACCUGCCUAUGGCCUUUCUCUGGAGGAGGGGAUGGCUCAGAAACUGCCUCUAGGCCAGAGGAAUGGCUCCCUGAAGAAAGGCCACAUCAGUGAGAAUGUGCUUCUGAUCAAGGGAAGCCAUCGUUCCAGCCAGAGGUCCCCAACUAAGAAGGACAAGACCAACCGGCACUUGACCAAUCUGGACUCGGCCCUGCCCAGUGGCUCUCAAUCCCCGACAGACCUGGACUCGGCCCUGCCCAGUGGCUCUCAAUCCCCGACAGACCUGGACUCGGCCCUGCCCAGUGGCUCUCAAUCCCCGACAGACCUGGACUCGGCCCUGCCCAGUGGCUCUCAGGAGCGACUAGAUUCUGGUCUUGGCUCCUUCGAGAGCCAGGUGUCUGACCCCUCCAGGGACCACUGUGACUGUUAUGGGAAAGCUGGUUUUAGGAACUGCCUGUCCCCCCCCAGUAUGAGACAACAAAUCUAUUCCCUGCCUAGCAACCUGCCUUCUAGCUGCAGCUCUCAUCCUCCUCAGCCUUUACCGGGCCCCAGCACAGGAUACCAACAACAUCGCAGCAGGGGCCCGGCCAGCAUCCACAACAACACCCACAGCCCACAUCACAGCAUGGGCCCAGCCAGCACCUACCACCCAGACAAGAUAACCUACAGCCCCACCUAUUACCUCAGCUAUGGGGCACCGAUAUAUCCAGUUGGGAAGCAUCAGUACAGGUAUCCCAGUGACUUCCAACAGGAGAACAGGGCCCACCCUCCACAGCAGACCUACUGGUCCGAUCCGUUCGGGACUUAUCCUCAGACUCUCCAUAGCACUGCUCAAAUGGAGAAGCAGAGACACUGGCUCCUCCCCCGGACACAGCCCCACCCCCACGGGGAGAGCAGGGAGAGAGAGGAGGUCAGGAAGAAGCUGCUGGCUAUCUUUAACGGCCGUCUGGUGGACAAGGUCAUGGACAUGUUUCCCCAGCUCAUGGACCCACAGAGAUUGGCUGCUGAGAUCCUCAUCCUGCAGUCUCCAGGCCUGUGAUUGGCUCGUUGCUCUUCUAUGGUGGGGACUGGGAAUUUUAGUUUCUUUCAAUUGAAAGAAUCUCUUGUAAAAAAAAAUGCAAGCUCCUGUAAAGAUCUUCCUACUGUAUGUGCAUUGAUCUUCCUACUGUAUGUGCUCUGCUCAAUGUGUUCUUGCCACGUGUUUCAGGAACUAUGUUGCUUAUAGCGCUUCUGAUAGCGUGGAACCUGAGGCAAUGGAUUGUUGAUGCAAAUGGCAUCUUUUGGGGGGAAAAAAAUAUUAUUUCUAGACUCUUGAAUGUAUUUGAUGGGAAAAUGUAAUGUAUUUGAGAAACAAUAUUCUUACAUUUUUAUUUCACCUUUAUUUAACCAGGUAGGCAAAUUGAGAACAAGUUCUCAUUUACAACUGCAACCUGGCCAAGAUAAAGCAAAGCAGUUCGACAAAAACAGAGUUACACUUUUCAUUUUUUUUUUACCUUUAUUUAACCAGGCAAGUCAGUUAAGAACACAUUCUUCUUUUCAAUGACGGCCUGGGAACAGUGGGUUAACUGCCUGUUCAGGGGCAGAGCGACAGAUUUGUACCUUGUCAGCUCAGGGGUUUGAACUUGCAACCUUGCGGUUACUAGUCCAACGCUCUAACCACCCUGCCGCCCCACAUAGACAAACGAACAGUCAAAUAACACAAUAGAAGGAAAAAAAAAUUGAUGUAUGCAUAUGUAUGAUGUGUUCUGAGGUCUAUGUAUCAAGAUGAGUUAUGGCAUAAAGAGUUUUAUUGGCACUGUGUGCCAUUAUGGUGGGUCACAGCUAGCUAUCUAGCUAGUACGCAAGUGAAGUAGAUGCCCUGUUCUUGUUUUUUUGAAUAACAUUAAAGCUGGAAUUCAUACUUCGCUAUACAGCCACGUCCGUUUGAGACCUUACAACAACAAAGAUUUUACUUCAAACAGCCAACACAGCCCCCCAGACAUAGAAUCGGCAGAAUAUGAGUUGUGUUUUCCAGACGUUCCUCUCCUCCUUUCUUCAAACAACCAACACAGCCCCCCAGACAUAGAAUCGGCAGAAUAUGAGUUGUGUUUUCCAGACGUUCCUCUCCUCCUUUCUUCAAACAACCAACACAG